GUCGUCCGUUACCAAACUGUCAAAAUUGGAAGCAUGGACGCGAGUUAACAAGUCGCGUUCGCCGGGUGGUUAACAAUUCCGAUAGUCGUCGUGUAGCUGAAAGUCAAACAAAAACCGGCAGUUUGCAGUUCCACGUUCUUAACCGUUUUCUUUUGUUUUCUAAACGUCGUUAUUCGUCGGUUCGGUCCAAUUGCCUUAUAUUGUUGAACGGGUGAAAAGCCCCACGACCACCACAGAUAUCAACCUCCGAAAAGUGUGUACCGACGCCGCCGCGAAACCAUGGGUUCGUAUCUGUCUGAACCGAUAACCGAGAAAGUCUCCUCCGACGAGUCCAAUGACAAGCUCAAAUGCGGCGCCAGUUCAAUGCAGGGUUGGCGCGUGGAGCAAGAGGAUGCCCACAACUGCCUCCUAGACUUCGACACAAACACCUCCUUUUUUGCUGUCUACGAUGGGCACGGGGGUCGAGAAGUGGCUAUACACUGUUCACAGAAGCUGCCCGAUUUCAUCAAGGCCUUAGACGCUUAUCAAAAAGGUGACAUCAAGGAAGCCCUGGUGGACGGGUUCCUCGGCUUCGAUGCCACUAUCGCCACACCUGAGGUAGUCGAAAUAUUGAAGGAGUUAUCGGGCAGAAAAAAUGCUAACGACGAUUCUGAUGAAGACUCGGAUGAGGACGAUAACCUCGACAAUUUGUGCAAGGAUGCCAAUCUCCCAAUCGAAAAGAUCAUGGAAAAAUACAGGUUGAUUGGAGAUGGCAAAGGGAGUAAGGCUGCAAAGACAGCUGAAGAGGAUGAGGAAAAACCUGGAGGCUCACAGAAAGGUUCAUCUUCAGGGAGUAGCUUGAAUGAGGAUAAAAUGGAGUCAAGCAAUGGCAGUUCAUCUGAGAGUAAAGAGAGCCCAGAUAGUUCUGAGGAUAAAACACCCAAGGAGAAGAACCACCAAAAUGGUGAUGUGUCCUCGGAGCAGCCAGUGGAAACUUCUGAUCAAGUCACAAGUUCCUCCAGUCCAGUUGCCAAUGGACAGGUCAAUAAAAAAGGUAAAGGAAAAGCUCUCGCUAAAACCAAAGGUGUACAAUCUCCGGAAGUAAAGUCGCGACCAAAGAGGACUAGCGUAAAACAGAUGUACGCAAAACUUUUGGACUAUGGCGAGGAAUCAGAAGAUACGGAAGAUGAAGAGGAUAAGACGUUCGAAGGACCGAACGAAUGUGGUUCUGACGAUGACGAGGAACCCAGCAACGUAGUCGAAGGGGAGGAUACGUCCGAUGACGACGACGACGAUGAUGAUGAUGAAGAAGAUGAGGACGACGAAGAUGAUGAAGCAGAUUUGGAGUUUGCCAAGAACAUGGUGGAAGAACCUGGUUCUGACAGCGGUUGCACCGCGGUCGUGGCAAUCCUUAAGGAUAACAAUUUGUUCGUUGCGAAUGCCGGAGACUCUAGGUGCAUUGUGUGCCGCAACGGCAAGGCCGUAGAAAUGAGUUUGGACCAUAAACCGGAGGAUGAAGCCGAGAACGAGAGGGUAGUGAAGGCUGGCGGAAAGGUGACUGCUGACGGUCGUGUGAACGGCGGCUUGAAUUUGAGCCGUGCGAUAGGUGAUCAUGCCUACAAAAAGAACAAGGAGCUGUCAGACAGAGACCAAAUGAUCACAGCACUACCAGACGUCCGCACGCUCACAAUACACCCUAACGAGGACGAAUUCAUGGUGUUGGCGUGCGAUGGUAUUUGGAACUUUAUGUCUAGUCAAGAGGUAGUCAACUUCGUCAGGCCGAGCAUAUUGGAGGGUAAGCCUCUGUCCAAGAUUUGCGAGGAGAUGUUCGACCACUGCUUGGCACCGAACACGAUGGGCGAUGGUACAGGAUGCGACAACAUGACCGCCAUCAUUGUAGAAUUCAAGUCGACCAUUCUGAAGCGAACGGCGGAUUCUCCCGACGACAAAUCCACCAUUAAACGAGCGAAGACUGAAGAGGCCGCAAGUGAGCAGGCGUGAGAUAAGAUACAUGGCAAGAGUAAUUUUGUUUUAUUUUAUUUGGGUUAAAGUUUCUGUUUAUAACGAAUGUCUUAGACACAUUCCUAUUAUUUUGAAUUUGUUCAGUUCGAAAGCAUUACACAUAUCUUAUUUUUAUGACUGUUAAACUAUAUAUAUAUAUAAAAAAGCAAAGUAACAAAAAAAAAUAAUACGUUCGUUUAAGAUCGCAAUUUGGGGUGUCUCUUCUCACCACAUGUAAAGCACGGAACUACCUCAAAUUGUGCGCGUUUUUGUACAGGUUAAACUUAAAAAAGAAAAGAAUUUAUAUAUAAAAAAAAUACAACAUUUAUAGGUGCCUUCUGUUAUGGAUACAUGGAUGUAAAGAAAAAGCGAAACAAUGGUUGGUGGCAACAGAUUUAUUAAUAUUUUCUUGUAAUUAUUUGUAUACCAUAUUUGCAUUAACAAAC